UUGUAAAGGGUGGAUGUACCUUUUAAAGCUAGACCUGAGGUCAUGUGGCAGCUUACUCGAGACAUGUGAUCCACAUUCCAGCUCAACCAUUCUUUUCUGACCCAAUUGUUGCAGCAUGAUGACAAGAGAGCGAACUUGUAGUUCAAACAUCCUGAAGCCCUUCGUAUCUCCACUGCGAAUGUUAGCUCCAUCCAUCAGCUUGGCAAUUCGUAGCAGGGCUAGUUGGUGAGACUGACCAUACAUCUUUGUAAGAGCUCUCAUUGUGUUUGUGAAGGGUAAAUUUGAAUUGCCGUAUGAGUCCACCACCAGAAGAGCCUCUUCUAGUUUCAGAUGGUCUGUUGCAUCUCUUCUCUUGCAGCAUGGUGGUAAGCUCUGGAAUCUGUUUAAGUUGCUGUUGCAAUGCAGUGUUCUCAUCCCUUAGCUUACUUCCAGCUGGGUGAGUAAGUGUGGCUGCCGUUGCUUAUACCCAGGUCUGCUGACCUCCUAAUCUCAUAAUCAUAAUCAAGUUUUCUUCAUAUGCUACUGCUGUAGUCCAAUUAUAAUGUUAAGGUUUCUUUCAUCUGAUAAUAAUCAAUAAAUAAAGUUACACAUUUCACUGACUUGUACUCUUAAUUUAACUAGAGAGCUUCUCCUGUUUACUUUGUAUCACAAAAUUUGCUAUGGAAAAGUUUAUGGUAAUUAUGAAUAUUUACAUACACGCAAACUGAGCCAGAUUUUCUGAUUGGUCAAAGAUUUUCUGUUUUGUGUUUGGUUUCUAUAUAACAAAACAUUUGAGGGCGUGUAAUGACAUUAUUGUUGACUUCUGCUCAACAAGGUUGUGCCGUGUAGAUCUUGUGAAGAGAAAUGAAGGCAACUGUUUCAAUAUAUCUGUUCCUGUGCCUCUGUGGACUGAGCUUCAGUUUCAAGAGAAUACACUUCUAUGUGCCACAGGGAAUGCAAUGGAAUGAUGCCCAGAUGUACUGCAGAAAGCAUUAUUAUGAUUUGUCCACUACUACCACACAAGAAAGGAUGGAGAUCUCCAGAAACCACAAGGAUUCUGUUUAUGUUUGGGUUGGGGCAUACCUAAAUCCUUUAAACUCAUCAGAAUGGAUUUGGUCUGGAGGUGAGAAAGAACCAGUUGAAAAUUGGAGUUUUGAAGAACCAAACAAUCUGGAUAAUGAGAAAUGCGCCUUACUAAUAACACCUAAUCUGAUCAAUGAUCAUUGCGAUACGACUUAUUCGUUUUAUUGUAUGGACUACUUUGAACCGAUAGUGGUACAUGAGAAUAAGACAUGGGAAGAGGCUCUGGACUACUGCAGACAAAACUACGUUGAUCUUGUCAGUAUCACCUCUGAGUGGAAAAUGGUAGAGGUGAUAAAAAACAUCACAACAUCACAGACGGCUUAUGUAUGGACUGGACUACGCUUUUUAUCUGAAUAUUGGUUCUGGGUCAGUGGUGAUGAUGUUGAAUAUAAAGCCUGGUCUGCGGAGGGAGAGCUCCAGUGCCCUCCCAGAAAUCUCAAGUGUGGAGCUUUGGAUAUAGUAAAAAAGGUUUGGAAACCUAAAGACUGUGAGGAGAGAUUAAACUUUGUCUGUAUUAAGAAUUAAAUAAACUGUCUGAAAUAGAUAUUCUGAUAUAUGACACUUUUAUGUUAUGUUAAGAAUCUAAGCUGAACCUUUCCUUAUAAUUGUAUAAAACACAUUUACAUGACUUUUACAGUCUUUAAUCCAUAAAAAUGUAGUCAUAGAUAAUGGUUUUCAUAGCGUGCAUACUGUUGCAUGCAUUUUUGUGCAAAACUCAUUUUUGUGUUAAACUCAACUCGAGACUUCAGCCCUCAAAUUUACUUGAAAAACUUGAGGACAUAGGCUGACUUACAAAAAUGCGUCUUAAUACAUUUAAGUAAAUGUAACUUAAAUGUUCCAGCUCUUCCAAUAUUUUUAAUAACAUCAAAUGCAGUAAAGUUUGAGUUGGUUUAAACAAUUAUUUGUAAUAUCAAUAUAUGUGAUCAAUUACUUUAAUCAGUUACUUCAAUGGUCUUACAUUGCUUUACAUUUAGUAUGUUUAAUGAUAUUAUAACAUGAUUUCAUGGCUUUUUUCAUUGUGAAUACAAUUAAUUUACAUUAGAAAUAUAAAAAAACUGCAUUUCUGACUUCCAUUUUCAUUAUUGUGGUGAGCAAUACAACAUGCUGAACAGGGUUAAUAUUUACUUAAGCAAACACUGAUCACCCGAACAGUGAUUUCACAGAAAACCUUUACUGACAACAAAACAACAUCAAUAAUGCUAAAAUCAGCUAAAACCUAUGACCUUUAAUUUUCAACUAUUUAAAAGACCUAUCAGUUUGAGUGUAAAUAAUCAAAAUUCUCCCAUGCAAAGGUUUGUGGGUAUUCCUUUUAACAUUUUGUACUAAUAAUUCAUUAAACUUAAAUUUUUUGAGUCUAGGGAUAUUGUCAAUUAUAUUGUCUUAUACUACAUUAUUACACCACCCAAAUUUGAAGUGAUUGAUUGUUUAUGUUAUGAAGCAUACAAUAAACUAAACAAAUUUUUAUCACAACCCUCAUGAAUUUCAUUUACCAUGGUUUUACAGCAGUAAUUUCUAGUAAAACAUAUGCACAAAAAUUUUCAUCGUCUCACCAUAGUAACCAAACCAUAACCAUGAUAUAUGUAGUAAAAUUGUAGUAAUACAAAUGGCAAUCGACAACAAAAGAAAAGAGAGAA